AUGCUUCUAAUUCUAAUUCUACUCCCGCUCGUGGCUGCUCUAGGGUUCCAUGGUCCCACAACCUACAAGAGAGGCGAAAAAGUCGAACUUAUCGUCAAUAAAGUCGAAUCUGAUAACACCCAACUUCCAUAUGGAUAUUAUGAUCUCCCAUUUGUUUGUCCUCUGGGCGAUAAAAAACCUCUCCCACUCUCCUUGGGGGAAAUACUUCGUGGCGACCGUCUCUGGGAAAGUACUUAUGAGCUCAAUUUUGGAGUAGAUGACCCAUGUCAUCGUCUAUGUGACCUCGUGGCCAAAGAUCACGUUCUCAAGAGAGCAGACCACUUUAUUCGCAAUGGGUAUUUUGUCCAUUGGCUUCUCGAUGGCUUGCCGGGAGCGACCACGUUCGAGUCAGAUAACAGAAACAACAAAUAUUAUGCCGCUGGGUUUCCUUUGGGCUUUGUCCUGGAAGACAAAAGUUACAUUUACAACCAUGUAAUGUUGGUUAUUCGAUAUCACAGAGCACGAAACGCUCCUGGAAAGUACCAUAUUGUCGGUUUCGAGGUAUACCCGAAAAGUGUCAGUAAUGAAGAAUGUCCCAAAACGAAUACGGGGUAUCAAAAUUUUGCAAUAACUUUCGGAGCCAGAGAAAAUAAAGACACAUCAGAGACUCAAAAGACAGUGAUUCCAUACACCUACUCGGUGUACUGGAGAGAAGACAAUACCAUCGACUACACCCACAGAUGGGACCUCUACUUGGAAAAUGACACUUCAGUCAACAACCAUAGAAUACACUGGUUAUCAGUUAUCAACUCUGUGGUGUUAAUUUUCCUCGUUACAAUUGUGAUGUCGGUUAUUCUACUCAAAAUUCUGGGUUCUGAGUCCCUUUCGGCCACUCUUCCUGUUGCAAAUGAUAAACCUCAGCACUAUUCAAAUAGGAGCCUCCACCGUCCAGUAAUGCCCUUACUAUUGUCGGUUCUUGUCGCUGGUGGAGUCCAGAUAAUAACGACUGUGGUUGGAGUCAUAGUGAUUUUGUUUGUCGAUAUCAGCUUCGAUGGCCAUGAUCUUUCUCUAGCAUUCCAAAACAGACAAGGAGCGGUUCAUUCCUUCUCGCUUCUUUGCAUAGUGGGAUCUGGACCCUUAGCAUCGUACGUUGGCAUCAUUGUCAACAAAAUUCUUCACCACAAUUCUACAGACGUCAAGUAUAACACUACUAUGAACAAUAUCCUCUCGAUGGUUUUCUGUGGAUUUGUGCCUGCUUUGGUUCUCGCGGUGGUCCUAUUCAUUAACUUUUUCGUUUGGGCAAAGGCAUCUUCGAAUGCCUUACCUUUGGGCACCAUUGUCAUCCUCUUGUUGUUAUUCGUAUUGAUAGAGUUACCCUUGGGUAUCAUUGGUGGUUACUACGGCAACAAAAAGAAACUACCUACAUUUUCCGGUCCUGAUCUUGACGAUGGUCCGAGAAGUAACCUGUGGGUUUUGCAUCCCAUAGUAAGCACUGCUGCGUCAGGGUUGAUACCCUUUGGAAUUAUCUAUGUGGAACUCACUUAUAUCUUCAAUUCGGUUUGGUUGGAGAAGACUACCUACUACUAUAUGUAUGGGUUUCUCCUUCUAGCGGCUUUGAUGCUAAUUGUCAUAAUUGCCGAGUUGGCAGUGAUUGCUACCUACUUUUCCAUCUCAGCCCACAAAAACCCAGCAUACCAUUGGUUAUGUUUCCGAGUGGGUUCCAGUGUGGGUUGGUACAUUCUUGCUUACUCGGUCGUUUAUUUCUUCACUCAUCUUUACGUGCGAGACUUUGUCAGCAUUUUACUUUACUUUGCCUACAUGAUCUUGGUGUCGGCAAUCGUCUGCAUUGGAUGCGGAGCCAUUGGAAUAAUUGCAGGGAUGAUAUACGCCAACAAGGCAUUUAAUGCCCUCAAGGUUGAAUAG